CCAUGUGCACGUGAUGCUGCUCAUCUGUUAUAGAUAACCCCAGCGCAGCGUUUAGCAUUGCCGGCACAAAAACACCCUCAACACCUCACCGUCGACCAACCAGCCGUCCUCGGGCCCCGACAAAAAGUGGUAACAAACAGCAUAUGAGGCUGCGUGCGGCCGGCGGCGGCGCAGAGGGCUGCUCGUGGGGCCCGCCCGCACCGCCUUCGCUCCUGAUCAUGCUGCCCAGCGCGCUGACGCUGGUGGCGGUGCUGUUGGCGGCCUGCUGUUGUCCGUCGUCCGGCGCGGCGCCGGCCGACCAGCAGACGGCCCUCUCAGAUGCCGGCGAUCCAGAGGCGCGCUCGUUCCUCAUCUACCUAUCGACGAGCACGUACAACACGCUUAGCUUCACUACCACCACGGCCUUCUACACUUGCGUCAGCGCCGCUGCCACUACUGCUUGCACAGGAAAGCGCAGAAAGCGGCGACAGCUGUUCAAAUCUGCAGAUCUCGGAGAACCAGAAACAGGAAUCUACCAACCAGACAUUCUCUCGUCUCUACACCCCGUGGAGCCGGAGCCGGGCGCCGACCGCGUCGGUCGCGCUCCCGUUCUCCAGGUGACCAGCACGGUGACCUCGACGCUGACUCUGACCUCGACCACGGUCAACUCGGCCACCACGGUGUCCGUGUCACUGCUCUGUGCCGACCCGCUCAGUCUGCUGCCCAACUGCUGAUCGCCGCCACUAGUCGCUUGUUUUGUAUUGUUGUUAUUUAUUCUAAUAAAUUGUUUAUCUAUA